GAUAUAUAUUAUUCUAAUCACCUUCGCCUUCUCGCCACCUUUACACCCUCCGAGAUCCAGCCAUGGCGAUCCCACUCCCCAAGCUCAAUCCUUCAUUCUCCCAACUCCCAUACAAGCAUUGCUCUUCUUCUAACCACUCUCUCCAACAUCUCUUCUCGAUUCCAAGACCUCUACCAACACUAGCAACAACUGCCUCCGGCCGCUGCCAUGCAAUCUCCAAGAAUGACUCCCUCACCUCCAUGAUAUCCGAGCUUGAGCGCGACGCACAGAAGGUAGAUGAAGCUGAUGAUGAGUUGAACGAGUUCAUCCGGAAGCAGCCGGCCACUGGGCUCGCUGAUCGGUGGCGAGAGAUCCAUGGGAGAGACGAUUGGGCGGGAUUGCUUGAUCCCAUGGAUCCUCUUCUCCGAUCGGAGCUGAUCCGGUACGGGGAGUUUGCCCAGGCUUGCUAUGAUGCUUUUGAUUACGAUCCCUUCUCACGCUAUUGCGGAUCUUGCAAGCAUGCCCGCCGUCACUUCUUCCAGGAUCUUGGCAUCCCUGACACUGGCUACGAAGUCGUGCGCUACCUCUACGCCACCUCCAACCUCUCCCUUCCCACCUUCUUUACCCAAUCUCGUUGGCCCAAGAUGUGGAGCCGCCGGGCGAACUGGAUCGGGUACAUCGCCGUCUCCGACGACGCCACCAGCGCCAAACUCGGCCGGCGAGAUAUUAUGGUUUCUUGGCGUGGCACCGUCACGAGGCUCGAAUGGCUCGCGGAUCUGAUGGAUUUCCUCUGUCCUGUCUCCGAUAAAGGGAUCCCCUGUCCUGAUCCCUCCGUCAAGGUCGAGUCCGGCUUCAUCGAUCUCUACACCGAUAAAGACCCAUCCUGCCGUUUCUGCAAGUACUCCGCGCGCGAGCAGGUCUUGGCAGCGGUUCGUAAACUAGUCCAUCAACAUGCUCGAUCAAAUGCCCCAGUGAGCAUCACGUUAACAGGGCACAGCCUCGGCAGCGCGCUAGCAAUGCUCAGCGCGUACGACAUCGCCGAGACAAGCGUAAACGUGGUGGACAACGAGUCCCUACCAGUGUGCGUGUACUCGUUCUCAGGGCCGAGAGUGGGGAACGGGAAGUUCAAACAGAGGUUCGAGUCACUAGGAGUGAAAGCGCUGCGCGUGGUGAACGUGCACGACACUGUGCCGAAGGUGCCGGGGAUCUUGUUCAACGAGCGCGUUCCAGCGUUCGUUCAGCGCAUGGCCGAAGGGUUGCCAUGGAGUUAUAGCCAUGUGGGCGUGGAGCUCGCGUUGGAUCACAAGAACUCGCCGUUUCUCAAGGAAACAAGUGAUCCGUCGUGCUAUCAUAACCUGGAGGCACACCUUCACCUUCUCGACGGGUACGUAUAUAUUAAUUUAAUUUGUCUUCACGUUGCCAUUAUAAUUAUUAAUAGUGGAAAUUGCCAAAAAAAUCCUUUAAGUUUGUAA